AUGCCGCCCUCCAAAGAUGUUGUGAAAAUUGCUGUCCAGAUGAUGGGCGCCAUCCCCCAGCUCAUUGAGCUUAAUCAGGUGAAUGCCUUGCUGCCUUACCAUUCUGUGCUUUGUCCUAGGAAGGGGUUCCUGGCUUAACUGUUACCCUAAGUGCUCCACAAAGCAGGACCACGUCCAGGUUGGGAUCCUUCUGGGCAUAUUUUAUCUAGAAUGGAAAUGGUUUUGUUUCUCCUGUGUAUGGAAUCUGGUCUCCAUGUGCCGUGUGCUUUUAAUUUCAGGCCAAGCCGCUGUCGGCAGUUGUGAAAGAGGUCUGCGACGCGUGAGUAGCCUCUGCUUUCCACCUUCACCUUGAAUUAGAGCAGCUUAGAGGGCAAGGAGUGAACUGCCGACUGUUACGCAGACCUUUUCCAGCUAGAAAGCCAUACUCCAUAAAUUUCUGCAAAAAUCUACCAUAGUUUUCUAUGAACAUGUUGAGCUUUAACUUUGUUUACUCUUUCCAGCUUUAUGCAUGAGUAAUAUCUUCAACUCUGUUCUUAUACGCCCAAGACUGCAUGUAUGCACAUGCACCACAAUUCUGUCUAAGCCCAAAAUGUGACGUUGGCUGCAGGAUUUGGUUUCCUCAAACUCUGGCUGCAGGCAUUCCCUUUUACUUUUAAAUAACUUAUUGCGCUAGAGAUGGUUGCAAAGAUAUGCUUGAAAGUGUGUUUGUGAACAAAGCCUGGUUAGAUGUCUGUUGCUGGAGUGGUAACUGAAUAAGAUUUUCAGAGUCCAAUGAUGGAGCUUCUGUGUCCUGUGUAAGCAAAACAGAAUCUUGUUGCUCCUUAAAGGCUGCCAAACUUAUGAUGGAGUCAGUUUGGACUCUAGUUUGCAAAACGUAUGCCAUAAUAAAUCUGCUAAGGUGCCACAAGACAGAUGAUUUUUGCUACCACACAGGGAGUGGUGCUUUACAAAGCUCUUUGGCUUUGUUCAUGAUUAGCAAAACCAGAAUAUAUGUAUAAACAUUGCAGAAUAAACGGAGCAAAACAUAUGUUUUACAAAAUUGCACAAUGAGUUUUCAUGUGCAUGAUUUAUGGAAGCUUCAGAAUUCAACUGAUUUUGGCAUAGAAUUUAAUUCAUUUUAGGGCAGUUCACACACAGCCCUAAACACUUCCUAAAAGUGUGAAUAAAUAGAGGUAGUUUUUUUUUCUUUUAAAGGGCUGUUCUCUGUUUAAAGAAAGCUGAAAUGGUUUGAGUAUUAGUCUAUCAAUCUACCUUUUCAUCCAUUUGCAUAUAGGUAAAAACAGUACUACCUUCGUUGUUAGAGAUAGUAUGCCUCUGGAUGUCAGUGGCUUGGGAAUCGUAAGUGAGGAGAGCAGUGGGGCACUCAGGUCCCCUCUUUGGGGCUUCCCAUAGGCACCAGGUUGGCCAUCGUGAGAACAGGGAGUUGGACCUGAUGAGCCCUUGGCCUGACCCAGCAGGGCUCUUCUUAUGAAGUCUGAAGCAAGAAGCUUACAUUUUUAGGUUUUUAGUGAUGCCUGCAUUUGUCCUAGGUGGCAUCCACUUGGAAGAGUCGUUCCCUCUUCUUUGUGGUGGCUCCUGAAAUGGUGAUUGACAACUGCUUGGCAGGGGGUUGGACUUGAUGGCCCUUGUGGUCUCUUCCAACUCUAUGAUUCUAUGAUUCUAUGAACUGCAUUUUUUAAAAGUAUUUAAAUUAUAAAGAAUCAGGGACCAUUCUUAUUGACAUUCAAAAAAGCAAACAGUGUUGCUGCUCUUAAAAAAACAAAACAAGCUUAGGUCAUUCCGCCCCCCCCCCCCCAUGUUGAACUGAAUACUGUAGAAAUUGAUCUGCCCAUCAGAAGCAUUCUGCCUCCUUGUGGGAUGGGAAUAUGUCCUUUAGAGCUGGUCGAAUUUGCCUGAGGACAUGCAGAUGCUUUUGUGAUCCCUGCUGUUGUAGAACUCUGACGGGUGGUCUCCAAUACAGGUGGAACUUGAAUAAUUCGGAGCGCUACGCUCUGCAGUAUGUGGAUGGGCAGCAAGCGUACAUCACAGAAUCGGUGAGUACAUUUGGCUUAUAUCAUUGGUCUUCUUUCCUAGUGGUUGCCCCCUGCUUGAUUCUAUAUUCUGUGCCAAAUUUUGAUUGUGCAACCAUUUUCUUUUCUUGUUUUUGCCAGAAUCGCGGGGAGAUUAAGAAUGGGAGCAUUCUGCAACUGACCACCGCUCCGGUAGGCUCAGUUAUGCAAUUGUUAAGAUGAAAAAUGUACAAUGAGAUAACUGUGGUCCCUCGAUAACUGUGUCAUGCCCACUUUGAUGGGCAGCUCUCAGAGGGUUGACCGUGCAUCCAUGUGGCCCUUGACCAGAAAAGGGUUAACUGCUCCUUUACGCCAACUCUGGUAUAAAGAAGGAAGUGCAAUACUUCCAUCUGUUUCUGAUGUUCAGGCUGUGAGUGAUGUUGCUUACACAAUAACCAAGUGUCACUAUCCAGCCACCCACACCCGAGGGAGGUGUCACUUAGAUUUGCAGAAGGACCAAAGAUCUGUAGGAGGAAUAGCUCCAAGCAAGUGGUGAGGGUGGGGACACAGGAAACAGUUUAGUCAGGAUUGAGCCCUAGAAUGCUGAUAGACUGAAUUGCUGGUUGGUGACAUGUGAGAAUGGAAGAGCAAGUGGAAAGGGAAAUAUAACGGCAUACUCUAGAGUAGAGCAUGGAUGUCUAGCUGGCACACUCAACAGAAGUGUUUCAUGCUUCAACAUUUUGUUGCAGUUCUCACUUGUUCUGCGUAUCUACUUUUAUCUUGCAUGAUUUUUUAAAGCAUUUUUUAUCUUGCAUGAUUUUUUAAAGCAUUUUUCAGAUGUCCCCUCCUUGCCUGAGGUGUGAUUUUUACCCUUUCCUAAAUCUAUUUUGUUCAUUUGUUCUAUUUAAAAACAUUUUUAUACUGCCAUUAUAACAGAAGAAAACUCCUCCUGAUGAGAUUUAGAAUUAAAACAUGGUCAGAAUGCAAUAAAACAUUUAAAGGUCAGCAGAAAAGCUCCACAAACAUCCAGCCCUAGAAAUACCAAAAUAUAGUAAGUAACUGCGACAAAAGGCAAAAAUAUUUGUGGUCCUUGCUAUUGUCUUGUUUUUAUUGACUUGUGUUCCGUUUUUUGUUCUUCUUCCACACUGAGAUGGGGGACCUGGAAUGGUGCAUGGUAUUCCAAAUGUGUCUGCUGCUUGGAUCUGUCUAAAAUUAAAAAGCCAAAAAUUCUGCUUGGCAGGACCAAGAGGCAGCAAAGUUACAUGGUGGGAUUCAAAGCAACAACGUGGACGUGAAGUCUGAGUCUUUGAAGAAGCUGGCGGUCCUCUCCCGAGAUGUUGCCUUUGCCCAGGAGUUCAUUAGCAGAAAUGGCCUCAACCAGCUCUUCCUCAUUGUGGAAGAAGAUAACAAGUGAGUAUCCCAGGUGGGGGAGAAAGCUUCAGAGACCCCCAAACUUCACAGGGGAACAUAGGAAGCUGCCUUGUACCAAGUCAGACCAUUGGUCCAACUAACUCAGUACUGUCUUCACUGACUGGCAGUGGCUCUCCAGGACCCCUGGGGCCUUCUGCAUGCAAAGCAGAUGCUGUCACUGAACCAAGUCUUCCCCCAUGCACUUUGGCUGCAGCUGAUGCUUCUUUCUGGCCAACUCUGAGGAUCCUUUAUGCAGAAUACCUUCAUAAAGGAUUUGCCAGUGUAUAACACAUGGAUGAGGGACCUGUGGUCUUCCAGAUUUUCUAGGACUCCAACCCCCACCCAUCCUUGAACAUUGGCCAUGCAGGCUGAGGCUGAUAGGAGAUGGAAUCCUAGGGCCUCAGGUUCCCCAUGCCUGUUAUAUCUCCAUUUCUAUAGCUAGGCUGAGGGGAAUCCUUCUCAGCAGUCGGUGGUUUGGUUUGGAGCUGACAGGUCUCAUGUAUUGAGAAGGACUAUAUCUUGUAACCCAGAAACCUGUAGAUGAUUUAGCAGCAUCCAGCUUGUGCUUUCAGACUUCUGGAAUCCAAGUUGCAUUUUAUAGUCAACUGUGAAGUCCUUUUUUUCAGCCCCAAAUGUAGCUUGGUGGAGGAGGUGGGGUGGAUUUUCAUUGGGAUCAUUGUGUUUGGGGAAGGCUUAAGGUAGCCUUCCUUCAACUGCACUCGCAAUAAGGAUUCCCCAACUCCCCACCCAGCUGCAGUUUGGGGUGCUAGAGGAAUAAAAGAACAGACCUAGGGAGACGAUGCAGUUUGGAAACAAGAAAGAUUAAAGCUGUAGAGUGGACAGACACAAACAGCUAGAGAACUCUGUACAGGCUGCAGCUAGUCAAGAUAGCUGUGUGACAGGCCAUCUACACCUGGAGAAGUUAUGUUAAAAACAAAAAAGGAAGCCUACCAUGGAAAACAUAGUGGGAGCAUGUUAGGAUUAAGAUGUGACACAGGAUUCCCCAUAAAAAGUGGCUAAAGGCAGUGUGUCUAUUCCAUAGUAACCGCCCAUUGCAGAACCAGCCCCCAACACCAGACCUGGGUUUUUUCAUUCCUCCCAUUGUACAUGGUUCUCCCCCAUUUUCUUUUUUCUCCAUAGCCAUGUUAUCCUUGCAACAACCUUACAAAUAACUGCUUUGACAGGGUGUUUUUUUGAAAACAGACACAGAUGACAACAACAACAUCCAAAAAUCAAGUGUUAUAUAAAUAUUAUGAAAUAAAUAAGUAAAACCUGUGAGGUAGGGUAGGUUGAGAGAGAGAAACUAUAGUAAGGGGGCGGGGUGGAAGGCAGCAACUGUACAUAGUACUCAGUGAAGUUUUAUUCAGAGCAGAUCUAUUGGAAUUAAUGGACCUUGUCAUGUUUGUUCGUUGCACUGCGUCUAUCCUUAGUAAAACUUGGUUGACUCUCACCCAUAAACGCUCCAGAAUUAAUCAAGUAAUUUUUUAAUGUUUGAAGUAAAUUUUCUUUCCAUAUGCCAUUUGCCAAAUUUGGGGUUUAUGGCGGCAGAAGUUGAGGUUUUCUGAACUCUUCACCACCUGCUUCACCACCUUGGCCUUUUCUAGGAAUUUGAGCUUAUACAGAACUUCCUUCUCGUCACCUCUCGCUCUCCUUCUCUCUUCUUUUCUCCUUUGUCUUCCUUUCUCUUUCUCCCCCUCUCUCUUCCUUUCUAGGUGUCUCUAAUGCAUCCUUCCUGUCGUUUCUGGGUGUCUCUGUUCCAGCUGCACUUUGGCCCUCCUGGGGGGCCUCUCUGGGGCUCUCUUACCCUGUUUGCUGUCUGUUGCUCCAGUAUAGGGGAGAUUCUAGCCUAUGCUCUGAAGGCCUUCGUGGAGCUGAUGGAGCACGAUUUCGUUUCCUGGGAGACUCUCAGUCCGGCUUUCAUCAAAAAGGCAAGGUUACCUAUCCAUUAAUGGCAGCUCAUCAGGUUUUUGCAACCCAUUGGAAACAAGCUCAAGGGCUUUGGGCAUAUCCACACCAUACUUGAGAUUUUGUUGAGAUCUCAUGAGAUCUCACAGGAAGUCAGCGCUGAUGCUGCCAUUGUUUCUGCACUGUCAUUGGAGGUGGUGGGGUGCUGCCUUGGGGAGUGGGUUGGCCUUGCUCCAAUACAUCCUAGGAACUGUGAAUCUUCCCAGGAUAUUCUACCAUACAAUUUGUGUUUGUUUUAAAUUUUGUCAGCUGUCUUGAGUCCUGGUUCUGGAAAUAAUUGGGAUCUAAAUAAAUAAAUAAAAUCAAUUAUCUUCAUCCUUGGAAAACUUCAGUUUCCAGGAUUCAAUGGGAGACGCCAGGAAAAACAUAGGUGAGGCUGGGGCUUUGGCCCCUCCCAGACUUAUGAUUCUGUCCAUUCCUGUUCCUUGGCUGCAGAUCGUGAGCUAUGUCAACAUAGUCCCGAUGGAUGCCUCAAUCCAGCAGAUUUCAUUGGCUAUCUUGGAGAACAUGGUGCCAACCAGCCAUUCUCUCUUUGAGCUGGUCAAGCAACAAGUGACUCUGGAUCGUCUCAUUGGCCUUUUGCAAGUGUAAGCCCAGAACAAACCACCGCCAAUUUAGUUUUCCUCCCUACAGGUGCCAUUUUUUCCUUCUUUUUCUACUCUUCUCGGUUUUAUUGCUCAGGUGUUGGCAUUAAAGCAUUCUUCCCAUCAAGGCCUCCAUUGUCCACUCUUUAAGCACAGCCUUCCUCAACCUGGUUAUCCUUCAGAUGUUUGGGACUUUCAUACCAGCUGUCCUGGCUGGGGCUGAUGGGAGUUGGGAGUCCAGAACACCUGGAAGGUGCCAGGUUGCCAGAGGCAGCUUUAGGAAGUCUCUCCUUGUAUGCCCAGUUAACAGUAUGACAAGCACUCAUCUGUAGGUUUUAGUACCUGCGUCUUGCAAAUAACUAAACUUUUCAUGCAUUCAGCAUGAAUAUACAUGGGGGACCUUUGGUACGGCACACAGGGGGUGCGGGUGAGAUCCAGUCUCCUCCAGCAUUUGAACAAUACUAAUCUUUUGCUUUUCCUCUAGAACGAACCAGCAGCUGCAGCUGAAAGCCAUGGCUCUUCUUAUUGCUCUGCUCCUCAAUGCCAAAGAGCCCGACAGGAGGGUAAGGGAAAUCUGUUGGCCCCAGAAGGGCAAGAGGAGGAGCAGGUAGUCCUUAGCCAGUGGUGUUGGUGUAGGAGAUUCACUUCCUGUAGAGAUGGUAGAGCCCCCUCUAGCGGUGACAACAAAUAUUGGGGUGGGGGUGGAAAGGUAACACUCUCAUUCCCAGUGUCUCCCAGUCUAUCCCAAGCAGACCUUUAGCCAGUGCAUGUGUGUUUUCUCCUAGGUGUACAGCUAUUGUGGAUGUACUAAAUUCUGGACCAUUAGUGGGGAGGGAGGCGAGGCAGUUAGAGCAGGUGUGACUAACCUUUUGAAACCCAAGGGCCUCACUGAAGAUUGUCCAUCGCCCUGUGAGAUUUGCAUGCCUGUGGUGGGCUUGGCCAAAGUGACUGAUGCUCCCUCACUUAUUUGUUCAUCUGUGCAUGCAUACACACAACAAACAUGCUACUUUCCAUACAUACAGUAGAUGCACACAGACAUUCAGACAAGCAGAGAGCCCGUUGUUCUUUAGCUGAUCAGCAGAGAGUGGGGGGCGAUGUUACCUUCCACAUCAUUUUACUUCCCUGUGGCAUCACUGGUCUUGGAGGAAAGGAGCCUCUCUUAGCCCAGCACGGGUGUUAGAUGGAAAAAAGGAGAGGAAAGGGCCUAUUCUCCCUUUGGUGCAGCACUAUUUCAAGAAGGUCUCCAAGGUUCAGGAAACAGAGCUCCUCCUUUCCUGAGCCUCUUAGAACCUCUUUGCAUUGGUGUCAGGCUGGGAGAGCAAAGAGGUGCCUGAUCUUGGCAGAGGGCUAGCAGGCCAUGAGUCACCACCCUUGUCCUGCAGCCUGCUUAGGGCAUGCGCGGGGAGCUUGUGAAUUGACAAGGGUGCCAAGUAGUCUGUGGGUGGGGAACUUUGCCACCUGAUGCAAGAAAUUGGAACUUGGAUGCUUGCUCAGAUGUGCUGGGGACCUGUGCACAUGGCUGAAAGAACGGUGGGGUGGGAGGUUUGUUUUGGGGCUGACUCCCUGACUCCUUUCUCCUUCCAGGGCAUGAUGGAGUAUCUGGGGAAGAAGAACCUCCGGCAAUUUAUCCACAAGGUGAAAGCAUGCAAGUGGCCUGUGGUGGGGUGUGUGGCAUAGAUUUCGUCAUAAGCGUUGCACUUUCUCACCUGUGUGCCCACUUCUCAGGCACGGGGAUGGAGAAGCUUUUUCGGCCUGAGGGCUGCAAUCUCCCAGGGGCCGCGUGCCAGUGGUGGCCAGGGCCAGAGGCAAAAGUGGGUGGGGCAACAAACGGGCAUUGUUACCUUUGUACAACAGGCUGCUUUCUAUGCACACCCCUCUCUAGCCCCCACCCCAGGCAAGCAAGAGCUUGAAGACAUAGUUCAGCCAGAUAUGGAGGGUUAGGAGCUGGGACUGUGAUGGUGCAGCUGGGAAAGCCCGGGAGAGUCCUAAGGGCUGGAUAGAGAGGCCCCUAGGCCUGAGGCUUCCCAUCCCCGCUCUUAUAUUUUGACUGACUGGCCUGAUUUCUCUGGGUCCUCACUCUAGCUUUCUCCCCUUCUUCUGUGGCUUCUCUUCUGCCCGUUUUGCCUUGGUGGAUGGUACCCCCUGUCCCCACUGAGCUCUGCUGUGAGGAGUUGGAAUAUGGCAUCAGGGGAUGAGGGGUGGGGGUUGGAGGGAGGGAAGGAGGACAAUGCAGGUGACUCUGCUGUUCUCCGUCCUUAGAACAUCAUCCAUGCCUCUGAGCCCAUUGGGGAUGAGAUGGCCCACUACCUCUAUGUGCUGCAGUCUCUCACGCUGAACCUCCUGGAGCAGAAGAUGAGGACCCCUAUGGACCCCUAUUUACAGGUCGGCUCCCUUUUCCUCACUUUCGUGGCUUGCCUCUCAACUUCAUUGUAUUGCCCCAAAGUUUGAUGGCCUAGGAUCAUUGGUCCCAGAUUGCUGCAAUCGUCUGGAGAAGCCCUACUGACUGGUCCCACAGUUACCUCAUAUUUAGUUCAGUUUUCCAUGCCUUUUCCAUGACUUUUAGCUUAGCAACCCCGAACUUUGGAACACUCUUCCUGUUGAAAUCUGUCAGUUCUGAUAUUUUGUUGCCUGCUGAAAACAUGCUUGUUGUGCAAACCUGGACCAGCACUCCAGCACCUUCCCACUAGCCACCUCCCCCACCCCCCACGCCCACCCCAGAUUGGAAAUUUGUGGGAGGGAAAAACUGUUCCACAGCAGAACUACACCUUCAUUGUCACACAAACAGUUCAACUCUCAGUGGAGUGGAGUUUUAGCACCUUGUAAAUAAGCCCCACAGAAAUUGUAACCCUUUUGGGGGUUGGCUGAGAAGGGGUGGAGAGCUCCGUUCUCCUGUAUGCCUCUGUCACCUUGUCACCUAUGCCUGCCAGGCCAGUGUUUAAAUGCAAGCUUGCAGAAGGUGCCAGGCUCAUUCCCCAGUCUCUCCAGCUCAUAAGGAAAACCCUGCUGAUAUUCUCUGUGCAGGAUCAGAGGGAGCUCCUCCAGUCCCUGCGACAUGCGGCCUUUGUCUCCGAGAACGAAUCCUACGCCAGCAGCUCUAACACCGAGCGCAGGCACUCCCUUUGUGCCAAGGAGUUCCGGAAGCUGGGCUUUGUGGUAAGUUCCUCAUAGACUGGGGUGGAGGACCCUUUUCAGCUCAAGGGUCGCAUUCCCUCGUGGGGAACCUUCUGGGGGCCUCAUGCCAGGGGUUGACGGGGCCAGAGGCAAAUAUGUACAGGAGGGCAGUAGCUGUGGCUCUUACUUCAGGACAGCUGACUACACGCCAGCUUUGCAGAAAUCAGAGGUUUCUAGACACUCCUUUGAGGCAAGCAGGAGGCAUUGUCACAGUUCAGAAACACAUUUCAGCUUGGCAAAAGGGCUCAAGGAGGCCCAGGGAAGGGCUGUGGCCUGGGUGAUGGGUGACAGUUCACAUGUCCUGACAGAGAGGCCCAGAGGGUCACAUUGGGCCUCUAUGCCCGGUAUAGAUUAUAUGCCACAAGAAGAGAGCACAGCAAGUAUUCAAAGUACCCACAGGGCAAGUUUUAUUGAGAGGGUGGCAUUGCCUAACAGCUGCCAGGGUUCCAGAACCAAAGCAGGGCCCACCACUGACCCAGGAAGCCAGUCAAAGAGACCAAAUUUCAUGACUUCGUCAGACUCUUCAGACACCUUCUUGGCUUCCACCUUGGCUGGGACUGCUGACACCUGCAUUGCCCUCCGCGGCCCCUGCUUUUAUAAGUUUUUGGCCCAGCUCUUCAGACAACCCUGGGCAGCUGGGUCAUGCCGGCAUUUUAUUUUCUGCCAUGGUGGCUAGGCCCAGCCAGACUUGUAGUACUGCUACUCAUCUCUAAGUCAGCUUGUCAGGGCCUGGCAGUGAAGGAGAGCCCUCUACCCCUCAGCAUUUUGAGACACUGCCUCUUUAUUGUGUCUUUUGGGUUGUUUUGUGUGUGUCUCCUUCCCUCCCUCCCCAAUCUAAGCAGCCCUAAUAUUGCGUUAUGUCUUUCUUUUUCAGAAUAACACUAACCCUGCCCUGGAUUUGCAUCGCAGUCCUCCAGGGCUCCUUGCUCUAGACAGCAUGGUCUAUUUCUCCAGACACUUCCCAAGUGCCUACAGCAGGGUAAUGGAAGAGCUUGUUUGCUUUGUGACGCUGGUCCUUUCCUCCCCCCCCCCCCAACUUAUAGCAGAACUUCAGGAAUCAGUAGCAGCCAUGUGCUUGGGAUGGGGCUGGCUCUAGGAUUGAGAUGCCCCCACCCUGGGCAGUGUGUCCCUCUGGUGGACUUUCCUCUGCGAUGGGGAAUAAAUCCGGUUUGGUUCAGAACUUAACAGAAACCUACCUGAUUUGCACUUUCUAAAACAAUAGGCAAACUGAAGCGCAGCUAUCCUUCCAAAUUUGCACUUCUCUGAAUUUCAUGACACUUUUCUCCAACCGUAAUGUAAUGUAAUUAAUAUAAUAAAUACUGCCUCCCUAAGCUUGCUUUUGAGACUCUUGCAGGCCUGAAGAGGUUAUGACAUUCUUCCUUUUCCUCUCAGUUCAUUCUUGAGAACAGCAGCCGAGAAGAUAAGCACGAGUGCCCAUUUGCCCGGAGUAGCAUCCAGCUCUGUUUCAUGCUCUGUGAGAUCCUUCACGUGGGGGAGCCUUGUGAGUAUUAGUACUUCCCUUCUCUCUCUGAACCCAGGAUGCCUUGCGACUCUGGUCCCUCUGCCGGCAUUCACACACUGCCAUUGAGGCCUUCUUUAUGAGCCGGCAGGGCUGGCAGUAAGGUUUCUUUCUCCCAGUUCCAGUGCAUUCACAGCUUUCCAUAGGAAAAUGUUUCUCCACUGCUGUAGGGCUGGUACCAUAGGCAGGAGGUAGAUUGGCGUCAACGUGCAGUAUUUGGAGCAUUUUGUGGCAAAUUGGCAAGGCUUUCUGAUUUGCAGUUGUCUAACAGCCCUUUAUAAAGUGCUUUCUCUUCCUAAACUAGAUUGCUGAAAAAGAAUGUGGUAUGGGCAAAAAGGAGUGGAUUUGUGUGGAAGGAUGUGUGAGUGUGGUUCUGGUUCUGGUCACACAUUCCUGGGCUUGGAGGUGUGUCCUGUUCCUUAGUUCUUACCCUAUGUUCACCAACCCGAGACAGUAUUUUGCCCUGGUUCUGGUUGGUGGAUCCUGGAGUUACAGUAAAAAAACAAAGUAGAUCCCACAAGUCUACAGUCUGCCACACACACCCCAGACGUGCUGUGGAAGAGCUGAGAAGGAAACAAUAAAAGGAACAAUCAAGGCCUAAAAAAUGGGAGGGGAGGGGGAACUAAGUUGCCCUGGAUGUAAAAGGAAUUUAUAGUGGUGUCCAGCUGUAGAGAAUGAACGUAGGCAUUUAAAAAUAUGGUGCUCUGGAAGACAGAGGGAGCUCUCCUCCCCUACCCCCCACAGCCCUUAGGGAAGCAGUGAGGAACUUCUGGCCUUUCAGAUGUUGUCAGACUCCAGUUCCUAUCAACCUGACCAUUGGGCUACGCUGGCGAGGGCUAAUGGGAGUUGGAGUUCAGCAGUAUCUAGAGAGUACCAUGCUCUCCACCCAUGCUUUAGGACAGAGCUUUCCAAACUGUGUGUCGUGACAUGUUAGUGUGUCUGCUCCAGUGUGUGUGUGUGUGUGUGUGUGUGUGUGUGUCUCAUGCAAAUGCUCCCCGUGCUCCUUCCAGGGCUGGAAAGGGGUUAGUUCAAUCUCUGGUUUGUUAGUAAAACUGAAUUACUAUAUCAUGAAAUGAUGCAUGGCCUAAAAAGUGUGUCACCAACAUGAAAAGUUUGGAAAGCUCUGCUUUAGGACACUCACAUCUUGUUCUGCGAGACCUCUGAGAGAAAUAGGAAGAUGGUAUUGUCAGGGAGAGGCAAACGGGAAAAGAUGAAAGAACAGAAACCAGCAAUUAUAGAGAGCCUAAAGAGAUCAUUAGCAGCCUGUCGUCUGACAGUGAGUCUGACGUAGAGAGGGAGGAGGAUGAGCCGGGAACAAGUCAUUCUGUACACAGAGGAAGUCAGGGGAGGGGUUUCCGCAGACUUGCAUGCUGGGUACGGAAAAGGGAAAAAAAAGUAGACGCGGCAACUGUGCAACAAGGGGACGGACGCUAAUUGAAACGCUGGAGAUGUACUUUUGAACUUUGUCAAAUAAAUCAAAUUGUUUGGAACUGGCUGGGAGCCCGGAGUCUUAUCUAUGCCAACUGGACAGCAUUAAGCCUCUGACAGGUAUUAUGGGGAGAGAAGCUCUCCAUGGAAGUUCUUGGAUGGUUAUCGAAUUUGGAGGAACAUAAGUGAAAGGAGAGAGGAGAUGAUUUAAAAAAACAGACCCAGGGAUUGUGUUUCUCUUUUAUGACAGGCUCUGAGACAGCCCAGGCCUUCUACCCCAUGUUUUUCGGCCAAGAAAGCUUUUUUGAGGAACUCUUCUGCAUCUGCAUCCAGCUGUUGAACAAGACCUGGAAGGAAAUGCGUGCGACACAGGAAGACUUUGACAAGGUGAGGCCUAGCAGCAGGGACUUUGGGGCUCAGGAUGCAAAUGUGCAUGUGCUAAUUGAUAUGUAUAGGUGAAUACCCAUUUUAUUCUCCCAUGUACCCAAUUUAUCUUCCUCACAACAACUCUAUGAGGCAAGUUAGGUUGAUAGAGAGCAACUGGCUUGCUGUCACCCAGUAAGCUUCACCGUCAGUCCCAUGCAUACCCAUUGGCAUCGUAUGAUAAAUAAGAUGAAAACCAAAACUAAUUGAACUAGAAUACCAUUUUUUAAAUCUUACAUAAAAUCCAGUAAUUGACCAAACAACAAAAACAAAAAUUAAUUACUAUAUCCUGCUCUACCAGAUACAUACCUAAAUUUUAAAAUCCCAUUAAACAAAUUUCCAGUUUUAGUUUUCAUAGGUGACUGUUAACCAGGAGAAAAUAUUGGUCUUGAGCUGUUGGAUACUGAAUUGAAAUACUCCAUCCUGUGCUGUGCUUACAUGGAGGCCAGAGAGGGGCUGGCUUACUUAACUAUAGUUUUUAGAUGGCUACUAUUCAUUUAUUUCAAUUUGUAUGCUGCUUUCCCAUGCCGAAAGCCACUCACAAUGCCACAGCAGUCAUGCACAUCGAUACAUUUGGUAUGAUUUUUGUUGCAAACUAGAUGGGAGUCGGGGAACAAAAGUGUGUCUUGAUUCUGUUUAUGUCUCCCCCAGCCUUUCUUUUAUAAUUUGAGCACUUGCUGUAUGAACAUGCUUGAGGGGGCUUUCAAGAGUUUAGGGGAGAGAGGAAUUUGGUAGUGAUGGGGAUAGGGCGUCAUAUCCAUUUGUUUACCCAUUGCAUGAAUCUCUGGCCCUGCAGGUGAUGCAGGUGGUUCGGGAGCAGAUCACCAGAAUCCUCACCCUAAGGCCUACUUCAAUGGAGCUCUUCAAGAGUCGCGUGAAUAGCUUAAACUACAGCGAGAUCCUGCGUCUUCGGCAGACGGAGCGGAUGCACCAGGAGGAGAUCCUAGCUGCGCCCGUCCUGUGAGUAAGGAGGCUUUGAUAUAUGUUUGUGUGAGGUGUCUGUAGAGCCUUGUAUCAAUAUUUUUAGUAUAUCUGGUGCCUGAAGAGAUACCUCAAGGUAUCAAUCCCUGCUCUAGCUUUGGAUUUCCUGCUCAAGAGGGUUGUUGGACUAUGUGGCUUACAGGCUUUGUGAUUCUAAUUCUUACAGCCCUAAAUCAAAGGGUGGAGAAACUGUGACUCUCCAGAUGUUGUGGACCACAAUUCCCAUCAUCCUUAACCAUUGGCUGUGCUAGUAGGGGCUGAUGGGAGUUGUAGUCCCAACAACUCCCAUCAGCCUUUAGGGGAAGGGCCAUAGGUCUACGGGAGAGCAUCUGCUUUGCCUGCAGUUCAGUGCUGGAACAGAAUGGGAGGAUGUUCUGCUCUCUGGGAAUGCCAGAACAGAGAGAAUGUUCUCAUUCCGGCAGUAGGGAUGAGGCUGGAGGACGCUUGAAAGGUCAUGGGGCCUUGUGAUAUUAGGCAGUGUUACUCUUCCUUCCACUGUGCUUUGCCCCAGGGAAUUGAGAGAGCGCCUGAAACCUGAGCUUCUCAAGCUGAUCCAACAGCAGAGACUCCUCCACCUCUGCGAAGGGACGCUCUUCCGCAAAAUUAGUAGCCGGCGGAGACAGGGUAAGUGGCUGGAGGCCAUGUUCUCCACUGAGGGAUUGCAAGGGCAGCUGGAUCUUGGGCUUCUGAUGGGAGAGGAGACUACUAGGAAACAAGUGAGUCAGGAAGUUGGAAGGCAAGGAGCUCAUACUGGAUCUACUGCAGGAAGGGCUCUUGCAGCCAUAAUCUCCAUGCUGUGACUUGUUUUCUUUUUGCUAGAUAAGCUCUGGUUCUGCCGCCUUUCUCCCAACCACAAAUUUCUGCACUAUGGAGAUGUUGAAGAGGGCAUAGAAAGUCUGCCAAUUGAGAGCCUGCCGGAGAAAGGUACGCAGACCUGUCCCGUGUGUCACAUCUGACCUUCAAUAUUCCUGCUCUCAUGACGGCUUCCGAGGCUGCUUUGCUUCCUCUGUUGUGCCACUCACAAGAGCAAAGGUGGGAAGCCACCAAAGCAAGAAUGAGAACUGAGAAUCCCUAAAGUGGGUAUCUCAGAAAUAUGAGGCCACCACUGAAAAGACCCUGUAUUUCUUUCUUUCUUUAAUUUAUAUCUUGCCCUUGCUACCAAAGGGCAUCAAACAUGAAGAGAUAAAACAUCAUAAAAACAAUUCCAAAACAGAUGUAGGCUAGGAAAUAUCUCAUUUUAAAAGCCUUGUUGAACGAGUAGAUUCCUGUCUAAUAUUCAAAGGCGGGAGGGAUUCCAAAGGGCAGGUGAUACAACACUAAAGGUCCGAUUCCUAUAUUGUGUGGAAUAGACUCCCUGAUCAGAUGGCAACUGCAGGAGGACCUCACCUGCAGAGCACAGUGCUCAACUGAGUAUAUAAGGGCUGAGAUGAUAUUUCAUUUAUCUGAAAGUGCCCAUCAACCUAAUACAUCUUGAUGGUGGGCCCAUACGCAGGUCUCAUCGAGGUUGAUCUUAAAGGAGUAUAUAAAAGCAGCCCUCCUGGAGGUGGAAGGAGAGGGUGCCACCCUCCCAGAGGAGGAACAAGUCUUCCCUUGGGGCAUCUGGUCAAGGACAUCCUGCCAAGGUCCAUCUAGUCAAGCAUCCUCCCCAAGCGCUCAUCCAGGUGCCUGCAAACCAGGGGUGGGGGACCUGUGGCUCUCCAAAUGUUGCUGGACUCCAGUUCCUAUCAUUCCUGACCACUGGCUGGAGCUGAUGGGAAUUGGAGUCCAACGAAGACUGGAGCACCACCACUGCUGCACCCUUGGCUUGAAGAAAUUCAUGUGGGAGGGUUUGGAUUGAGCACAUUCUUAUCCCUGCUCCUGAAUUCUGUGAUUCUCCUGGUUUGAGCUCUGCACACCUGUCCUUGUUGGCUGGUGCUGUAUUAAUCUGUGUGUGCUUCUUAUCCCAAAGUUCCUGUGGCAGAUAUGAAAGCAUUGCUUACUGGCCGGGAAUGCCCACAGACCAAGGAGAAGAGCUCUGGCAAACAGAACAAGGUCAGUUUGCAUUCUGUUGUUCUUCUCCUCUCACAUAUAGAAAUAGGGGAAUUGUGCACAUGUAUGCAAGCUACCUUCUCCCCCUACUGUUACUUAAGAGUCCUGCUGGAUCAGGCCAGUGGCCCAUCUAGUCCAGCAUCCUGUUCUCACAGAGGCCAGCCAGAUGCCUGUGGCAAACCCACAAGCAGGACCUGAACAGAAAAGCAUCAGUGCUCCACCAGCUUCAUUCACCAGCUUCAUUCAGGCCUGUUAGCAUUAAAUACUCAUAUUGAUUUUUUUAAUGGAGUUCAAAUUGUAAUAUAAUAAAAUAAAAUACAAUAAAAUAAAAUAAAAAAGCAGUAACAACACACUGAAAAAGCAUACAGCAUCUAGCAUAGUGCAUUAUAGUUGCUAAGCAGAAAAAUGGUCCAAGACCCUCAGAAAUUUUCAAGUGACCUAUGGCCACUUCUGAUGGUUUUCAAAUUGUUUUGAAAUGUUUUAAAGUUGUUUUUAUUUUAACUUUUAAAACUGCAUUGUGUUAACUUUUUGAAGUUUGAUGUCUGUCUUGUUGUCUUGGGCUUUGGUUGGAAAGCCAGAAUAGAAAUUUAGUAAGUAAGUAAUUCUGCUGAGUGGGGACCUGGACUUCUGCCCCAAGGUCUGAUGGAACCGCAUCAUUGAAAAUGCCUGGCAUCUCUUCCCACUUUCCUCCCCGCAGGAUCUGCUAGACCUUGCCUUUUCCAUCAGCUAUGAUGUUGGGGAACAUUUGAAUUUCAUUGCUCCUACACGCUAUGAGGUGAGAAGCUACUUGCUGCAGAGGAUCUCCUAUAUCUUAACAGAAUGGGGUAUUUGUCUCUCUCUGCAAUAGAGCAGGGUUCAAGUGGAACCUGCAAGAACAUGCUGAUGCAUGCUGUUGUUCACAGUUCCCCUCAGCCGUGCUCUGUGCAAUCUUCCUUUCCACUUCCCCUCCCAUCUAUUCAGCUCCUCUCCAUGAUAGCCAGACAGCAUUUUGUAGCUGCGUAGCAUCCUCAUAGGAACAUAGGAAGUUGCCUUGUACUGGUCCAUCUAGCUUAUUAUUAUUGUCUACUGACUGGCAUUGGCUCUCCUGGAUUUCAGGCAGCGUCUUCUCCCAGCCUUACCUGGAGAUGCUAGGGAUUGAACCGAGGACCUUCUGCGUGCAAGGCGAUGCUCUACCACUGAGCUAGGACCCUUCUCCCCUUAAGUGGCUACUCAGUCCUCAUCAGGCUGUUUCAGGGUUCUCUCCACUUGAGCCCCCCCCCCAAGGCUUUGUGUACUCAUGCAAACUUUGGGGAUUCCCCCAUGCCUGCUGCACGGAGGGUGUUGUUUUGGCUACAAAAGCAAUGGCAGGCACACCUGAACAAUUGGAAAGAGAGGGAAUGCUUAGGCAUAGAGAAGGGACAGCAGUAGUACUGUAGCAGUCAGACCCAGCACAAAUUCUGAAGUGGUCUACGGUGUGUUAAACAUAUCCGUUAACUCAGUGGGUUGUAUCCAGCUAAGCUUUACUCAGAGUACGCCCAUUAAAGUGAAUGAACCUAAGCCAGUCAUACCCAUGGAUUUACUCCGAUAAGUGCUAGCAUUGGCUACAACCCUCUGAUCCUUGCUUUGCCCCUUUGCGGCAACGUGAAAAUAGCACAGGGAGAAUAUUAGUGCUCUGCUGGAUCACACCAGCUUCCUGUCAGAAAGUGCUUGUGUGAACCCCUCCUUCAGCACACAGGCUGGAGCUUAGGAGUUAAUGGAUGAUGGGACUAGCAAACCCCCUUUUCCUUGUUCUUCAGUUCUGCUUAUGGACCGAUGGGUUGAACGUGCUCCUGGGCCGAGAGAUGGCGAGCGAACGGACGCAGAGCGACUUGGACAUCUUGCUGUCUAUGGAGCUCAAACUGCGGUUGCUGGAUCUGGAGAACAUCCCCAUCCCAGAUGCUCCACCAGCCAUCCCAAAGCCCCCCAGCAACUUAAACUUCUGCUAUGAUUUCACCCAUAUAGAACAGUAA